AUGACAUCUGAGCAAGGUGAUGAUGGGACCAAUGAGUUUCAGAGCACAAACCAACUCACAAACCACUUGAGGCUCACAACAUCUUUCGUGGAAAUCCUCCUGUUCGUGGUCACGCUCAUCUACUCCUACUUAGAAGCGUUUGUGAAGCUUUUUAUCCCUGUGAAGAGAAAGUCUGUCAGUGGAGAGCUCGUUCUCAUCACAGGUGCUGGCCACGGUGUAGGGAGAGCGACAGCCUUGGAGUUUGCCAAGCGUCAGAGCAGACUGGUGCUGUGGGACAUCAGCAAGCACAAUGUUGAGGAAACGGCAGCAGAAUGCAAAAGGCUGGGAGCCACUGUACAAGCCUUCGUGGUGGACUGCAGCAAAAGGGAGGAAAUCUACAGUGCUGCAGAGAAGGUGAAACAGGAAACUGGGGAUGUCUCCAUCCUGGUGAAUAACGCUGGUGUGAUUACAGCUGCUGACUUCCUCUCAACUCAGGACCACCAGAUUGAAAGAAUGUUUGAAGUCAACAUUCUUGCUCACAUGUGGACCACAAAAGCUUUUCUGCCAACUAUGAUCAAAAAUGACCAUGGUCACAUUGUCACGGUGGCUUCAGCAGCGGGUCAUUUAGUAACUUCUUUCAUGGUGGCUUACUGUUCAAGCAAGUUUGCUGCAGUUGGAUUUCAUAAAGCUCUGACAGAGGAGCUGUCUACCCUGGGAAAAGAUGGCAUAAAAACUACGUGUCUUUCUCCAGUAUUUAUAAACACUGGAUUUGUCAAAAACCCCAGUACAAGGCUUGGGAAGAUUUUGGAGAUUGAGGAAGUUGUCGAGGCCCUGAUGGAAGGAAUACUGACCAACAAGAAAAUGGUUUUUGUUCCACCACAUCUAAACAUUGCUUUACUCUCUGAAAUGUUGCUUCCAGAACGUGCCUUGGCUGUCUUGAAAAAGCUCACCAAUGUCAAAUUUGAUGCAGUCAUUGGGCAGAGAAGCACCCAGUGAAAAGCAAAAGUUGAUUCUCACUUCCUAGUGGCAUCAGUGAAAACAGAACAUGGGCUGAGUGUAGUUCAGCUGGUUUGAUUCAGAGCAGAACUAAGAGAUACACUUCCAGGCCACCACUUCCAAGAACACCCAAGUGUUCAUCCCACACAUGCAGCAGGGACGUACCUGCAUAAUGCAGUGUUAACAAAGCAGAGAAGCAGCUCUAGAAGUGUAAAGGCUCCUUUGGCUGUACAUCACAUCGCUUCUAUCUCCUAGAGCUGUUGCAGACAGAAAUUCCCACAAAGGCACUACUACAGUGCACUCUCGGGAGUGAACUGAGAGUACGUUCAUCUGGCCUCAUAUCUGAUCAAAGGGAUCUUGGAAGUAGCAGUGUAUGGAGGACAUGGGUGGCCUGUUUCACCUCAGUUUAGCUUUUUAAAUUUAAAAAACUCUGUGCUAAUGAGCACUCCCUUUUGUGUGCUUUUGUAAUGAGUACCAAAAUUAUACAGCCCUGUUUGUAACAUACUACCUAAUUAUAUUAAGUAUCAAUUAUACAUUAGCACCAUCAACACUCCUCAUUACAAAUAAAUACAGUUCUCUAACUUAAA